GAUGUAUCGCUUCUCAACAUCACCAAGAAGAUCUUGGCUCGCCUCUACUCCAACCAUCUCAAUGGCCAUCUCAUCAAUGGUUUCCGGCAACACCAUGGCACCACCAGCCGGCUCUUUGUUGCACACGAGUCACAAGAUAAAUGCCAGGAAAUCUGGGCCCUCCUGUACACUAACCUUGUGGACUUGACAAAAGCCUUCGAUCAACCCUGGAAGAACAUCUAUAAACUCAAAUGUUCUGAAUGA